CAUCUCCAUCAGACAUUGUCAUCGACUCAUCGUCGGUUCCCCUGUCACUGUAGCCCCUAUAGUUGGACCUCACAAAGAUCAACCACCAGCUUCAAAUGAGUUGGGGCGUCGGUUGAGGCUCUGAUUGACAAAUACAGACAGAGAAUGAGAGAACUAUAUGCAAUUUUAUAAUUUUCCAUUUGUUCUUUUAUUUAUUUUUAACUCCUUUGUCAAAAGCUGGUGAUGGCCUGAUGGGCCAUGGCAAUCCACACCUACCUUUUCCUUUCUCUUCCAAGCAUUUCUUCUCUUGCACUACUACUUCUACAGCCUUUUUUCUCCUAAAUCUCCACAACCCAUCUCGCUAAAACACCUCCUCAGGGCGCACGCAGCUGCUUCUCUGGUUGUAUGUACUCAUCCAACACCAGAUAGAUAGCAAUGGGUUCUGGAUACUGGUUUAAGGCAAUAAUUAGCCUAAGAAAGCAGAAGGAAGACAGAUUGAAGCAAGUCAAGGAAUCAACAACUACUGAAAAAUCAAACGGGUUCAAGUGGAAGCAUCGUUCUCGUAAAGAGACAAGUAAUUUCUCCAAUGGUGCUUCUAGUGGAAAUCCCAGUGCACUCAGUGCACCAGUUGAGGAUAUAGCAGCAACUCGAAUUCAAACUGCAUUUCGGGCAUAUAUGGCAAGGAAAGCUCUACGCCGUUUGAAAGGGAUUGUAAGGUUACAAUCCAUUACUCAAGGCCAUGAUGUUAAGAAACAAGCCUCAACUACUUUAAGUUAUCUUCAUUCAUGGAGCAGAAUACAGGCCCAGAUUAAAGCCCGCAGACUCUGCAUGGUAACAGAAGGCCGCAUUAGACAAAAGAAACUAGAGAAUCAACUAAAACUGGAAGAAAAGCUUCAUGAGCUAGAGGUGGAAUGGUCUGGUGGUUCUGAUACAAUGGAGGAAAUUCUUGCUAGAAUUCAACAGCGAGAAGAAGCUGCAGUUAAACGUGAACGAGCUAUGGCAUAUGCCUUCUCUCAUCAGUGGAGGGCUAAUUCCAAUCAGAACCAAGGACAGUUUCCUUAUGGACUUGCAAAUGCUAACUGGGGUUGGAGCUGGAUGGAUCGGUGGAUUGCUGCUCGUCCAUGGGAAAGCAGAGUUCCUUCUCAGUCCGUCAGUUCAAAGAAGGUUCAGAGUAAGCAGGUGAGCAAGGUUGGUAGAAGUCCAAAUUCACCUGCAGUGAAAAUCUCUGUUUCAGUUAAACCUAUUGUGUCUAAUGGGAGAGGAGUUACAAAGCCAAGAAGAUUGUCUUACCCAACUGCUGAUAAACCAUCUGUGCAAGAAGCAAACAGUAAGGUAGUAAGCUCAUCUCCUUCCAAAGCUGAAGAAACAAAUACCAAUCAAGAACAGCCUGUGUCGUAGUGAAAAAGUGAUAUCAUCAAAAUGAUGAAACCAACAUUUCUUUGGUAUUGAGUUGGCCAAAUUGCAGAGUAAGUGAGACAAAGGCCUUUAUGUAGAUCCUCUCAUUUAUUUAUGGUGGAUGGUGUGAAGUAUUGUGGUGUGCCGUUCAGUGUGCAUAAUAAAAGAACAUGUUCAUUUUGUAGAAUUAACUUGAGCAUAUGGUGUAUAUAGAUGUGGAAAGUUUGUCUUUACCUAGAUGCAAAGGUGUGUCUGAGAAGCAUCAUGUCAUUCUGUGAUCUGUAGCAACACUGAGGAGCAUCCAAACUGCAAAUUGGAAGCAUACCACUUGGGAACAAGAAACCUGCCUUACUGCAGUCUUGAGAAGUUGACUUGAGAUGCAGUUCAGCUUCGCUAUGAUUAUUGAUUUUUUCCAUGAAAUACACAAACAAGUUUUGUAUUGUUAAUGUUCCUUGUAAUAAUCAUCAACCAAGCCUUGUUUUAAUCAUUUCUAGUAAGAAUAGACAUUGGAAGGCUACUGCAUUCUGCUGUCA